AUGGGGGCCCCCACAGAGGACCCCAUAGGGGCCCCCACAGGGGCCCCCACAGAGGCCCCCACAGGGGCCCCCAUGGGGGCCCCCAUAGGGGUGCAUCUAGGGGCCCCCGCAGGGGCCCCCUUAGGAUCUGGUAUAGGGGCCUCGCAUGGGGUGUAUCUAGGGGGGCCCCCCAUGGGGCCCCCCCCACCACCGCCUACUGUAUUUCCUUCUGCUGCAUCGCUGCAGUCGCUGGCGCUGGAGCUGCAGGCUCGAGCUCCUCCCCCGCCUGUUGGGGGCCCCCCUGACAUGCCCCGUACCCUGUUCUUUGGGGGGCCCCCAGGGCCCACAGGGCCCCUGGGGCCCCCAGGGCCCCUGGGGCCCCCAGGGCCCAUGGGGCCCCCAGGGGCCCCUUUGGGGCUGCAUGCAGAGACAGAGCCACAGGGGCCCCGACUGCACACGAGCUUCCCCGCCUUUGUACCCACGGGGAGGCCCCAGGGGCCCCCCCUUCAGCCGCUGCUGCAGCAGCAGCCUCUACAGGCAGCAGAUCUGCUGCAGUGGGAGCUGCUGCCGCCAGAGGCCACGCAGCUGCAGCAUCCGCCUGCAUUGACGUGCCCACAAAUCUCUAGCUAUGAAGAAGAGCUGCUAGACCUGGGGGGCCCCCCAGGGGCCCCCCACGGGGCCCCCCAAGGGGCCCCCCAGGAAGAAGAGCUGCUAGACCUGGGGGGCCCCCCAGGGGCCCCCCACGGGGCCCCCCAAGGGGCCCCCCAAGGGGGCCCCCAGGGGGGCCCUCAGGGGGCCCCCCAGGGGGGCCCCCACGGAGGGUUUCAACCCCAGGCAGCAGCGUGGCAGGCCAGUGCUCCUCAGCUGCAGCAGUAUUCCUCGCUGCUGCAACCGCUGCACUCGCUGCAGCAGCAGCAGCUUCAGCUGCAGCAGCUGCAGCAGCUGCAGCAACUGCAGCAGCUGCAGCAGCUUCAGGUGUUGCAGCACCAGUUGAAUGGGGGCCCCCUCGUACCGGUGGGGCCCCCAGCGGGGGGCCCCCCUAACGGACCCUUUGACGUACAUCAGCUCUCUAGGCUGCGGUUGCUUGAGGGGGCCCCUGGGGCCCCCAGGGCCCCCGGGGGGCCCCCCUUCAGUGCAAGUAUGGGGCCCCCGGGGCCGCCCCCCCUCUGUGUGAGUAUGGGGCCCCAGGAGCGCUGCAGGCGGCUGCCGCCUCUGUACCCUGCAUCUGAACAGAACGCUGCUGCUGCUGCUGCUGCUGCUGCUGCUGCUGCUGUGUCACUUGACACCGUCGGCCAGCUGGUGCAGUGUCUCACAACGACGCAGCAGCAGCAGCAGCAGCAACUCUGUGUGAGUAUGGGGCCCCAGGAGCGCUGCAGGCGGCUGCCGCCUCUGUACCCUGCAUCUGAACAUAACGCUGCUGCUGCUGCUGCUGCUGCUGCUGCUGCUGCUGUGUCUCUUGACACCGUCGGCCAGCUGGUGCAGUGUCUCACAACGACGCAGCAGCAGCAGCAGCAGCAGCAGCAACAACAACAACAGCAGCAACAACUGCAGCAGCUGCAGCAGCUACAACAGCUGCAGCAGCUGCAGCUGCUGCAGCUGCCGGCUGCUGCUUUGAGUGUGCUGCAGCAGGACACACAGUGGGCCCCCUCGCUGCCGACGCAGCCAGCUGCCCUGAGCAGCAGCAGUGCUGCUGCUGUUGCUGCUGCUGCUGCUGCUGCUGCUGCACCGCCCCACAGGGGAAGGAGACAGAGACCAGCAGCUGCAGCAGCUACAACAGCUGCAGCAGCUGCAGCUGCUGCAGCUGCCGGCUGCUGCUUUGAGCCUGGUGCAGUGUCUCACAACGACGCAGCAGCAGCUCGCAUGCAUGCAGAUACCCCCAUAUUAGUCGAUUGGCCGGCGGGGCCCCCAGAAGGCAUGGGGGCCCUCUCAAACCUCCGCAGCAGCGGCAGCCCCCGCUGCAGCACACACUGCAGCAGCAGACCUGCUGCUAUCCAGCAGCAACAGCUGCAGCAGCAGCAGCAGCAGCAGCAGCGCCGGCACGGGAGUUUCAGAGCCACAAGCAGCACCUGCGGCAGCCUUCUUCCAGCCCCAGGAGCUGCAUGCACAGCACCAAACGGCUGGCAACAGCAGCAGCAGCAGCAGCAGCAGCAGCAACGGCUGCAGCAGCAGCAGGAGCUUUUCCAGCAGCAGCGCCGGCACGGGAGUUUCAGAGCCACAAGCAGCACCUGCGGCAGCCUUCUCCCAGCCCCAGGAGCUGCAUGCACAGCACCAAACGGCUGGCAGCAGCAGCAGCAGCAGCAGCAGCAGCAACAGCUGCAGCAGCAGCAGGAGCUUUUUUUCAGCAGCAGCGGCAGCAUUGACUGCUAA